AUAUUUUGUGCAGCUUCAGCCAGCAGAGUCCAACAGUGGUCACUGGUUCCUUUUCAAUUCAAUUCAAUUCUUCACAUAGAAAGAAUUUAAAUUCCUAAAAGAAAUGGCCAACUCACUGUGUUUCACACCUCUCACUUCCCUCAAUCCCCCCAACAAACCAGGGCUUGUUGUUGGCAAUUCCACUGCUCGGAAGCUUAUUUGGAUGAAUGGCAUAACCCAGAACUGUAAAAAUACUAAAUUUCAAUCGUUUGAGGCUAAAGCUACAGAUAGUAACCAAAGCACCAAACAAAAUAGCAUAGUUUGUGCUAAAUGUGAAGGAAAUGGUGCUAUACUGUGUCCACAAUGUGAAGGUAAUGGAGUCAACUCUGUAGAUCACUUCAAUGGACGGUUUAAAGCUGGUGGAUUAUGUUGGCUGUGCAGAGGUAAAAAGGAGAUUUUGUGUGGGGAGUGUAAUGGAGCUGGCUUUCUUGGUGGAUUCAUGAGCACCUUUGAUGAAUAGAAGUCCGUAGGAUUUGGAUCUUCCAGUGAGUUGUGCUGGAAUUCAAGACAAAUGUGGGAGACAAUUUUUUCAGUUUCUUUGUUUGUGUAUCUUUGACAGCAAUGACAUGCAUCAACAUAAUGUCCAUUUUCCGAAAAAUUAUAUACUUUUAAUGGGUUACAGUGAUUCAAAUUAGUUAAGAAAAACAAUGUUUUUGAUCCAUUUGUUAUGGACCAAUGUUAUAAUUGUGGUUGCACCAUGUAUUACUUUUGUUCAUUUUUUGCUUUGUAAAUUAGUUGGAAUACUGAAACAAGGACUUUGCCAUCACU